ACCAGAUCCUCCGCUAAGCUAGUGGAUAGUGAAACGCCUCCAUCCUAAGGGGAGGACAGUGUCAUUUUAAGUAGGUGUACGAGACUUUGAUUCUCCAUGCAGCACAAAAUGCUGAACCCGCAGAGAUCCUUGUCUGAGCUGCCUAAGAUGUCUACUGCCAGUCAAGUGGAGAGAGCUGUUUUGGUAAGCUGUUCGUCCUCUUGUUUUUGCUAAACAGAAGCGCAGAGCUGUUUAGCUGCACGGCUUGCUGAUUGUCUGACUUGAGCCGUCGGUUAACAUGGCAUUUAUUAAUAACAGCUGAAAAUCUGUGGCUAACUUGAAUGAUACUGAACGUUAAUAAUGUGUUGUGAGCCGAGAGGGACGGCAGCAACCGCGCCGCAACCGCGCAGGUGCGGUAGCCGUCGCUCGCACUGUCAUUCUGUGAUGAUGUUGAGGACGGGCCUGGAUAUAAUGAACCAUAACUGGGUCUGCUCUUAUUGUCUGCACUGAUGGAUAAAGACUUGUUUUGAUGAGUGGUAUGAAUUAAGACAUUUAUUUUGGAAACAUCUCAUGAGAGAAGAAUGAGCACUUGUUUAUUAACAGAGAAAUAAUUAAAGGGUGGAUCACGUGACAGAUACAGAGCAGAUACCAAGGCUGAACAAUCAGGUCUUUACAUAGAGACCUUUCCUUUUGUGGCUCCACAUUACAUUUAUCUUGUUUUACACUCUUGUAUUUGUACAUGUAGAGAUGUAUCCUCAUAUAUGUUUGAGUUAUAGCACUCCAAAAAUCAUCCUUUGCCUCAACUCAAUUCAACUCAACUUUAUUUAUAGAGUUUAUAAUGGUCAGUUCAGCGCUACCCAGACCCUGAGCAGCUCCCCUUUUCAUUGGCUGUUUGUAUAGUCUACUAAAACAUGGCAGAAUGCCGGCUAUCAAAAAGGAUAUUGACCAUGUUUUAUAUCGAUAUCGAGGGAAAUAAAUUUUUGUUGUAUAUCAUUGCCGUCCCCACCCUCUGGAUUGUGAUGACCCCCACAUUUUUAAAUCACUCUUCAAAACACACCUUUUUAAAUUUGCUUUUAACCAGUGAAUUGUUCUUUUAUUGUUAUUGUGUCUUUUUUAACCUUUUACAUAAUUGGUUUUAUUUCUCAAAUUUUCUGUAUUUUAAAUUGUGAUUUUUUCAUUUAUUUUCUUCAUUUUCUUUGUAAGGCUUCAUUGAGCACCUGUAAAAGCUUGUUAUAAAUAAAAUUUAUUAUUAUUAUUAUGAUUAUUAUUAUUAUUUUAUCGCCCAGGCCUAGGUGUCACAAUAAAGAACAUCAAAAUAAAAGGCUCUGUAAGUAAAAUAUACAUAUUUUAAUUGGAUCAGGUAGAAAACAGCACCCGAUAGAACCACAGGACUUUUUAUGAAUGUAUGACACAGACAAAGAACUGUUUGACUUUCUUUUGGAGCCCCUCUCUUAUGUUAAGCUGAUUAAAAGUACUUUUUCUUCAUGCUGAACCAAGCAGCCGCAUUCACUGUGUUUUUAAUCACAUGGGCUGACCUUAUAAACUAGCACUAGAGGAAGGUGCAAAGUACAACUCAUCUCUGCGAGUGCAAACUUUAAAAAGCUUUAAAGAAAUAUUGCAUCUGUUUGCUGCAACUACUUUUAGCUGUUUACAUGCAGUUUAGGUCACGUGGGGUGAAUGAGUAUGACUAACCUGAGAAGUAACCUUGAACUGCACAGCACAGUAGCAAAAAGUAGACAAUAACAAUGGAGGGAUGAGUUUGACACGUAUGCUAACAGAGCCAGCUGAUAAUCUUUUGGCACAGACAUGCACUGUUUAUGAAUUCUCGAUCUCAUCCUGGAAGAAAGACUCAUUGUUCAAACUUAUAGCAGGCUCAAGGCUGCUUAUUAUCCCAAUGCAUGUCCCAUAUUUGUUUUUUCAUAAUCACAACAAAGUUGAGUUCUUAUUUUGUGAUUUUCAUAGGAGGAGGAAUUCAACUGGCUGCUGAAAGAAGAGGUGCAUGCUGUGUUGAAGCAGCUCCAAGAUGUCCUCAAGGUAAAAGAUAAACUUGAUAUAUUUACACCCAAAAAUAAUAAGGUUGGAUUUUGUUUAUUCAUAGUGAGUCUUUUCUGCUAUCAACAGGAGGCAUCACGGCGUUUUGCCAUGCCAACACCAGGUCUGGAGAGUCAGCUCAAACAGGAAAACUUCAUCCUUGGAAGCUCAACGUAAUGCCCUCAUUAUUUUCCCAAGCGUAACUCUGUUUUUUAAUCUCUUAUUAGUCCAAAGAGUGAUCCUGAAAUGAUGUUAUAUUUCAUUUACAGUAUGGAUCAAGUGAAGGGGGUGCUGACUCUGCAGGGAGAGACUCUGACUCAGGCUGUAAGUUUGAUUGUUUUACAGAGGCUUCACACCCCUGUUUGUGAGUUACGUAUUGAUUUGCAUUAAGGUGUUUUUUCUUAAUUGUUCUGCAUUUUUAACAGGACAUAAACCUGAAGGUUGCAAAGAGCAGUCAAGUGCUGCACUUCCAGUUCAGAGAUGACAAACAGUGGAAACUGCAGCAGGUACAGUUUGUAUACUAUGACUCGACCAGAACCAUAAAAACCCAAAUAAAAAAAAAAAACUCAUUAGUCCCUCUCCAAUCCCAUCCCAUCAGAUCCAGGAUGCCAGAAACCAUGUGAACCAAGCUCUCCAACUGCUGAGCAGCCAUGAUGAGAGCUACCACUUUAAGACAGGGGCUGAGGUUAAUAAGGUCUGUUUCCUCACAACUAUUUAUGAUCUUUCUCUUCCUGUCCUUUUCCUGUUUUGGUAACAUUAACUUUGUGUUUCUAUUCUGCAGCUCAUGGAUGCUGUGAUGCUCCAGCUGACACGUGCACGAAACCGCCUUACCACCCCCGCCUCCCUCACCCUGCCUGAAUUGGCCACUAGUGGUCUGAUGGUAAAGGACAGUUGACAGUACACUCAACAUACACUGCAUGACUGACAUCAUAACUAUAUAAGAAAUACCUGAUGUUUAAGUCAUUGGAGAGCAUCCUUCACGCUCUUUCUGUUUGUCUUCUUUCAUCACCAGAAAAUGUUUUCUCCUCCUAUGCCUGGGGAUGUGAUGGCCAACUUUUACAUCAACCUGAGCAAACUGUGUCUGACUGUCUACCAACUUCAUGUGAUGCCUCCUAACAGCACCAAGGUCAGAGGCUGUGACUCAGUGAAGACUCUGUGUGAAGCUGCAAACUGCUUCACGUGACUCAUGACUUCUUGUUGUGGUUUGUUUUGUUAGAACUUCAAGCCAGCUGGGAGCUCAGUGCUGCACAACCCAGGAGCAAUGUUGUAGGUUCUCUUUCUUUCUUUCUUUCUUUCUUUCUUUCUGUCUUUCUUUCUUUCUUUUUUCUCUUACUUUUUUCUUGUCUUUCUUUUUUCUUUUCAUCUUUUUUUCUGUCUUACUUUCUGUCUUGCUUUCUUUUUACGCUUACUUUCUUCUUGUCCUUCUUUUUUCUUUCUUUAUAUCUUUCUUUCCUCCUGUCUUUCUUUCUGUCUUUUUUCUUUCUUUUAUUUUGCGUUUCGUUUUGUUUGUUUCUUUCUGUAUUUCUUUCUCUCUUUCUGCCUUUUUUCUUUCUUUCUUUUUGCAUUUCUUUCUUUUUUCUCUUACUUUCUUCUCGUCUUUCUUUUUUCUUUCUUUCUUUCUUUCUGUCUUUCUUUUUUCAUCCUUUUAUUUUGUGUUUCUUUUUGUUUCUUUCUGUAAUUCUUUCUCUUUUUCUUUCUGUCUUUUAUUCUUUCUUUUUUCUUUCUUUCUUUUUGCAUUUCUUUCUGUCCCUUUUUUCUUUCUCCUUCCUUCCUUCUUUCUGUCUGUCUGUCUUUCUUUCUUUCUUUUUUUCCUUCCUUCCUUGCUUCCCUCCUUCUUUCUUUCUGUUUUUCUGUCUAAUUUUCUCCUUUCUGUCUGUCUUUUUUUGUUCAGAUGGAUUUUUAAAUCCAGUCUAGUUACAGUGUGUCCCCUGAUUCUCUCUAAACUCUUCUGGUUGUUUCUGGAUAUUUUUUCUCCGCAGUGAACUUAACAACAACCGCUUUGAGGUGAGCCAUGUUCAUAAGGUGGAGUGUGUGGUGCCGUGGCUUAAUGAUACGCUGGUGUUCUUCACCAUAUCCCUGCAGCUCUGUCAGCAGCUCAAGGACAAGGUUAGUGUUUCUCCAACAACAGAUCUCCCUAAAUGUUAAAUUAUUAAAUUUGAUUUAAUAAUUAGAUUUGUGUACAGCAUUAGUGUCUAUUUUUUUCUUGUUAAUAUUUCUUCACUCCUUUCUUUUCUCAUCCUUGCAGAUAUCUGUUUUCUCAAGUUUCUGGAACUACCGACCUUUCUAAUCCACCUUCAGUCUGACCAGACCGAACUAAACCAAACCCUCAAGUGUAAAGGGACGUCCUGCACAGGUCUUAAUUUCUUCACCUUUAUUAUCCAGCCAUUCAGUUUCAAGUGUUGCAUGAUUUGCUGAGUGAGCCAAUCAAACGAUCAGAGACGCUGAUGUUUGCCAUUUCUAGCUUCGUUAGCCUCGCUGACUGACAUUUAUCUGAUGUGUAUUGCAUCCCAGAAACUGACUUGAAUUUUCAAAAUGUGAAUGUUGCUCAUCAAUAUGUUAUUUUGUUACAUUUAGGCAACUUAGACCGUAAUAAGUGUUUAGCUUGUUCUGAUCCUCGAGUUUUGGAACACUAAUUUGACUGCUCAGGGUUGGAAGACAAACAGGGGGGUAGGGGGGCUUCACUACAGGCUGAUACUUUCUUUCCCAUAGGCUUCAAAAGGGCAUCCAGUUAUGUAUUCUUGGUCAGCACUACUAAGUCAGUGCGCACAAUUUUCUGUGAUGAAGUGCAGCUUUGUUGAGUGUGAGAAAAAAAGCAAGAAAUAUCACAUGCUACAUGUCGGUUCUGUUAAACCUCUCGUCUGUUUGUUCUGUGUUAUUGGAUGACUUACUGGACUUCUUUAGUUCUCAUCUCUCCUUUUGUAAAGAAGUUAAGUAAAGUCCAUAUUUGUCGCUAAAUUCGCCAUUAGCUGUGUCUUGGCUAGCAAAGCAAAUACACAGAUUUUCGGGAACGUUUUGCACUUAAUAAAUAAUCCAGACCAGACUUAUUUUCUUCUGUGGCUAGCUAUGAUCAGAUUGGUUAUCAGCUUUGAAGGUUGGAUGCCAGAUUUAAAACCGCUUCCACGAGGCUGCCUUGCCGUAGGUCAGAACCCGAGCACAGCUGCUCUUUCAAGGUCAAUCCACAACAGUGUGGACUGAGUCUGGAGGUUUAGAAACAUCCUCGUUUGAUUUGAAACUGAAAGCAUGUGGGAAAGAUCCAAGCAUUAUGUAGUUAUAUCAUAAUGUAUGUUAUGUAAGAUAUUUAGUGUAAGUCGCUUCAUUGAUUUUUGACAACAGUCUUAAAUUCUCCCAUUAGGUGUCUUGGCGAAGGUCAUCUACACCUUUAAGGGAUCAGUACUGACCAUAUUUGACAAAUGGGUUGAGAGAAAUUAAAACAUCUGCAUCAACAUGUAGGUUUAUCAAGAAAGAGCAAAUAAAGAGCCCAAAACUCUCCAUAUAAAAUGAAAAAAAUAAUCAAAACCCAAGAAAGAGGUGGUAUCAUUCACAUAGCAAAAAGUAGGUUUGCAUUCAAAUUCCUUGGCAACAUGAGUCUCCCUCUGCUGGUCGUUUAAAGAAUGCAGGUUAAAGGCACUUAGGCUUUGGCUUUGCUUUUGGAAACAUGAUAUAAGGAACUCAAAGUCAGAGUGUUUGUUUUAAACAUGAGACAACAUUAUGGAAACAAUCAUGGUAAUUUCCAAAACAGCACCACCUACAUCUUCAAGCAAAAAGACCCCUAAACUUUUUAUUUUACUUCUUCUAUCGCCAGUUUUAUAGGUCACAGACCUACUGCUCUACAGUAUAGCAGAAAUACAACACUAUGACAAAGGGAAGGUGGCAUAUUUUCAAGGGAAUCUUUUAUUUCUAUCAGAAGACACAGAAGCACCACAGAAACAUCUCCACAGCUGAUUGAAAAUUUAUCCCAAAACAGUUUCGAUUUCAUUAUCAGUAGUUAUGUAACAAUCAGGAUGCAGCUGCACCAGAAAUUUUGCAGUUUUAUUCCAACUCUCGAAACUUUUUGGACUUCAUUCAGCCUCAAAUUAGCCGUGGUGACAAUACACUUUAAUGUAGAUAAUCUGUGGCAAGUGACUUCAGGGUUUAAGGAUUCAGGGAUAACAGCACAUAGGGAAAAUAUUCUUAUGUCAUCAAAAUGGUUGUACGACAAAAGUUUCUUGUGUAAAGACUCUAAAACCGCAUAUAUGUGAAAUUAAGGUUCGCUUACAAUCAACUUUCUUGUCAGGCAUUCUCGUAUUAGACAGUGUGAUCCCUGAUAUAUCAAAGCUGUUAGAAAGUUUAAUAUAACUCGUUGGAUAAAGUGGUGAUCGCAGCUUUAAUAUGACGUAAAGCUGGAGUUACGGGCAGCUGAAAUUGGAGCUAGACCAGUGCGUUGUACCUUUUUUUUGUGUUAAAAUGACAACUCACAUUCCCUGUUUCUUCAUUUAUGAAUUUGUUGAAAUGAUAAGCUAAUUUUCAUGUCUGUAUGUGUACGUUUUGAUUUCAAGUGUUUGUCUGCUUUAUGUUCAUAUUUAUUUCACUCUGUUUGCACAUACUGAUUCCAUGUAAACCAAACACUAAUACAAUUAUGAACAAAUGACAUUAUUCCAGUAAGUGUUAAUCUUUUUGAAAAGCUGUCUAUCAUGUAAAAUGUGGAAAUUAUUUAUCUGAUAAGUCUGCAAUAAAUAUAUUCUUAACAAUAA